AAUAAUGCUGUGUCAGGUAGUAACAUAGUAACCAGUGUAAGGAUCUCUCUAAUGACACAAACUUCUAAGUACUUUUAUAAAGAAAUCUAAAUCUAAAUGUAGAAGAGAGCGAGACAGAGAGCGAGACAGAGAGACAGACAGAGAGACAGACAGAGAGAGAGACAGAGAGAGAGACAGAGAGAGAGAGACAGAGAAAGUAUAUAAAAGUAAAGUUAAAAAGAUUUGUCUUAAAUAAAGCAAUAAAACAGAACUUUAAUAACAGUGAGAGAGGGAUGGUGUGUGUGUGUGUGUGUGUGUGUGUGUGUGUGUGUACAUUGUGAUUUUUCCCGUAACCCAGAGCAGUCGACUCAUUGACGUGACGUGAACACACCCAGCUGCACACACGCACACACACACACACGCACACAUUUAACAGGAACAGAGAGACAGAGAAGUGACACACACACAGUCACCUCCUGAGACUCUUCAUACAGGAGACGAGCACUUCACAGGAGAGUUCAGGAUAUUCUGCAUGAUGUUCUUCAGGAGUUCUUCAGCUCUUUAGGAAUCAUGAGGUUUAUUCUAGCCUUUGCCUUCGCUCUUCACUCAGUACCACUGAGAUGUGCAGCAGGUCCCUCUCCAGUGUCUCAGCAACACUCUACCUGCUCUGAAUGUGUAAAGAUUCCAGGACGUGCGUGGUGUAUGCAGCAGAAUUUCCUGAAAAAAUGGGAGUCAGAUGGACGCAGAUGCGACUCCGCCCAGUUCCUGAAGGAGAGGAAUUGUAAAGAGGUGUACGAGCCCACACCCAAUACCUACCUCAUGAAAACCAAUGACUUGAGCAGUGACCUCAAAAACGUGGUGCAGCUCAAACCUCAAAGUCUGGAAGUCAAACUUCGACUCGGUGUGCCACAUGAUUUUAACGUGGAGUUUAAGAGGGCUGAGGGUUACCCCAUAGACCUGUACUAUCUGAUGGACCUGAGCUACUCCAUGAAGGACGAUCUGGAGAAGAUUAAGAGCCUCGGGCAGGACAUUCUGGACACGCUGCUGAAACACACACAGACUGUCCGCAUCGGUUUUGGCUCAUUCGUCGACAAGGUGAAACUACCGUAUGUUAGCCAGGUUAAGGCCAAGAGAAAGAACCCGUGUCCCACUCGCACAGACACCUGCCAGCCCGCCUUCACCUUCCAGAACAUUCUCAAUCUGACCAACGAUGCUGAAAAGUUUAAGAAAGAAGUCAGCAAACAGAAGAUCUCUGGUAACCUGGACUCACCCGAAGCUGGGUUAGAUGCUAUCAUGCAGGCUGCUGUGUGUGAGGAAAUCGGCUGGGGGAAUGAGACUAGGAUUCUGGUCUACACCUCUGAUGACACCUUUCACAUGGCAGGAGAUGGGCGACUUGCUGGAAUAUUUACACCGCAUGAUGGAAAGUGUCAUCUUAAAUCCGACUCUUAUGACGGCACGCUGUUUGAUUAUCCGUCAGUGGGCCAGCUCUCUCAGGUUCUCCAGGAUAAUAACAUUCAGCUGAUCUUCGCAGUGACAGAAAACAUCUUUCCAGCUUAUCAGGCGCUGAGUGCGUUGAUUCCUCAGUCGGUGGUUGGUGUGUUGAAGGACGACUCCAGUAACGUGGUCCAGCUGAUCUCUGAGGCGUACGGGAACUUGUCUUCCACCCUGCUGUUGGAGCACAACAUCCGUCUUCCUGGUCUCAACGUGUCCUACCAGUCUCACUGCGGGGACUCGGCGAGCUCGGCGUGGCAGCACAGGGGCGAGUGUACGGGCAUCCGAAACCAGAAGGUUUCCUUCACCGUGCGUCUCAACGCGUCUGAGUGUCUGUCUGAGCCGAAGAUCUUUGAGAUCCAAGUGAAGGGCAUUAAUGAGCGUCUGAAGGUUCACGUCACGACGAUAUGUGACUGUAAUUGUAAUCAGAAAGAGCACAACUCCACACACUGUUCAGGAAACGGAACACUCGAAUGUGGAGUCUGCAGGUGUAAUGAAGGUUAUUUAGGUCAGCGCUGUCAGUGUAAAAGCACGAGUGACACCGCCAUGCGUAUGUCCUGUCGCUCUGACAACAGCUCUCAGGAGUGCAGUGGGCGUGGCUCGUGUGAAUGCGGGGAGUGUGUGUGCAUGGAAAUGUUCAGUGGGCCGUACUGCGAGUGUGACGACUUCAGCUGCAGCCGCCACAACGGAGUGAUGUGCAAUGGUAAAGGGAAGUGUAAAUGUGGUAAGUGUCAGUGUGAGAAGCACUACAUUCGCCCUGGGUGUGAAUGUAAUAACAGCACGGAUAAGUGUCCUCAGAAAUACGGGAAGUUGUGUAGCGGUCACGGAGAAUGUACGUGUAACAGCUGUGACUGUAACGACGGCUUCCUGGGACUCGACUGCACUGAGAUCACUAACCCAUGUCAGAAAUACCUACCCUGUUUGGUCUGUACACGCUCAAAGAACUGCACAGAGGCGGACUGUAAGUCAGUCCAUGUGUACCAGAAGGAGGGCUACCAUGUGCUGGGGUGUCUCCACGGCUCCAUCAGCUAUGACGUGGGUCUGGACGAUAAGGGCCACGUGCUGAUCACGUACGCUGACCUACCACGUUCUGUGGAUAAAACUAAAGUGAUCAUCGGCUCCAGCGUUUCAGGCAUCAUCUUCAUCGGCAUCCUCAUCAUCAUCAUCUACAAAAUCCUGCUGGAGCUUUAUGACCGCCGGGAAUACAGCAACUUUCUCAGAGCUCAGGAGAACACCAAGUGGGAGGGGGGAAACAAUCCUCUGUACAAGGGAGCCACGACUACAGUCUUAAACCCCCUGCACUCCCAGGACAACUGAACACUGUGUGUGUGUGUGUGUGUGUUAUUGUGUUGCAGGACUGUUGCCCACAUUCUGCUUAGAGCGCGCUCACACACACACACACACACACACACACACACACACACACACACACACACACACGAUUGAUGUUAAAGGGUCAGUUCUAAAUAUUUAAAUAUUCAUAAAGGUCAGUGAUGUAGGUUAAAUGUCCUCUAGAGGAAGAUGUUUAUUACACACACACACAAACACACACACACACACACACACACACACACACACACACACUCAGGGUUCCUCAGUGGACUCUCUGUAGCACGGUUCUCCACAACUGCUUUUUAGAUUUGAUUUUAUUCUUAUAUACAGAUAAUCCUGUAGAAAGACGGAACUGUGUGUUAUUUCUCUUCCUAAAUCUCUUCUUCAUUAAUUCUUAAAACAAGAAAUUUCUUAAUUUAAAAAAAUUCUGAUGAUGAUGAUAAAAUCAACUUUAUGUAAGAAUCUGCAUUAAACCAGCUGGGAGCCAUGCGUGAGUGUGUGUGUGUGUGUGUGUGUGUGUGUGUGUGUGUGUGUAUGUAUGUAUGUGUG